AGGCCCAAAAUAAUAAUAUGAAUAAUUAAUUUGUUUAUUUAUCCAAAAAAAAAUUGGAAGUGGAAGAAAAUUAGAAUGACGAUGAUGGAGAAAAUUCGAGAGUAUCUGCAACUGAGCGAUGAUGUGGUUGACGACGGUGAGGCACCGCGAGUGGAAGAGUUUUUAGGGAAAGGAAAAAGCUUCUAUGAGGACUUUAGCCUCAGAGGAAUCCGAGUCAACCGAGUCGAACCUGGUUUCAUUUCCUGCUAUUUCAAGGUCCCGCUUCGUUUGACGGACAGAGAUGGGAAUCUAGCUAAUGGUGCGAUUGCAAAUCUUGUGGAUGAAGUUGGUGGAGCACUUGUACAUGUUGAAGGUUUACCAAUUCUUGUUUCAGUGGACAUGUCUAUUGCAUUCCUUUCAAAAGCUAAGGUUGGUGAGGAGUUGGAGAUAACGUCGAGAUUGUUAGGAGAGAGAGGAGGUUAUAAAGGAACGAUUGUUGUUGUGAGAAACAAGAUGACCGGAGAGAUUAUAGCGGAAGGUCGACAUUCUAUGUUUGGUAGACAAGCUAGUAAGCUCUGAGUCCAACUUUCUUUUGGCACUAUAACACUCAUCUUUAAGUGUUUUCAUCACUGUUAUGUCUGUUUUCAGUAAUAGGAUUAUGGUUAGGUAAGUUUGGUUUGGGAUUUGUUAGGUCUUUUGUUCUUUCUGGUUGUGAAUCUAAAACCUUUGUACAUAGCUUAUAAAGAUCAUACCGAACC